AUGACGUACUGCAGAGGUGACUUUGGAUUAAUUGGAUUGGCCGUUAUGGGCCAGAACUUGAUUCUUAAUGCGGCAGAUCACGGUUUCACUGUGGUUGCAUUCAACAGAACGGUCUCGAAGGUGGACCACUUUCUGGCCAACGAGGCCAAGGGCAAGUCGAUCAUCGGGGCGCACUCGAUUGAGGACUUGUGCGCCAAGUUGAAAAAGCCUAGAAGAAUCAUGCUUCUUGUGAAGGCCGGCAACCCUGUCGACCAGUUCAUCGACAAGUUGGUGCCACACUUGGACGAGGGCGACAUCAUCAUCGACGGUGGUAACUCGCACUUCCCAGACACCAACAGAAGAUGCGAGGAGUUGAAGAAGAAGGGCAUUCUCUUUGUCGGAUCCGGUGUCUCCGGUGGUGAGGAAGGUGCCAGAUACGGCCCUUCCUUGAUGCCAGGAGGUGCCAAGGAGGCAUGGCCACACAUCAAGGACAUCUUCCAGUCGAUUGCCGCCAAGGCCGACGGGGAGCCUUGUUGCGACUGGGUUGGUGACGGUGGUGCAGGCCAUUACGUGAAGAUGGUCCACAACGGUAUCGAGUACGGAGACAUGCAAUUAAUCUGCGAAGCCUACGACCUCAUGAAGAGAGUCGGCGGCAUGAACGACAAGGAGAUCUCCGACGUGUUUGCCAAAUGGAACACGGGCGUCUUGGACUCCUUCUUGGUGGAGAUCACCAGAGACAUCUUGGCCUACAACGACACCGACGGCACCCCUCUGGUCGAGAAGAUCCUGGACACCGCCGGCCAAAAGGGUACUGGUAAGUGGACUGCCAUCAACGCCUUGGACUUGGGCAUGCCUGUGACCUUGAUUGGUGAGGCCGUCUUUGCCAGAUGUUUGUCGGCAUUAAAGUCGGAAAGAGAAAGAGCCUCUGCCAUUCUCAACGGCCCACAAGUCGAAACCAUCUCCAAGGAGGACAGACCAGCCUUCAUCGAAAACUUGAUGCAAGCCUUGUACGCCUCCAAGAUUAUUUCUUACGCCCAGGGUUUCAUGUUGAUCAGAGAAGCAGCUAAGGAAUACAAGUGGGAAUUGAACUUCCCAUCCAUCGCCUUGAUGUGGAGAGGAGGAUGUAUCAUCAGAUCCGUUUUCUUGGGUGAAAUCACCUCUGCCUACAGAGAGAAUCCAGCCCUUGAGAACUUGCUCUUCCACUCCUUCUUCCAAAGCGCAAUUGACAAGGCACAAUCCGGCUGGAGAAAGACCAUUGCCGCCGCCGUCACCGCCGGUAUCCCAACCCCAGCUUUCUCAACCGCUUUGUCCUUCUACGAUGGUUACAGAUCCAAGAAGUUGCCAGCUAACUUGUUGCAAGCCCAAAGGGAUUAUUUUGGUGCCCACACCUUCCAAAUCUUGCCUGAGUACGCAGAUGAAACCAGAAAAGUGGGUGCUGCAAUUCACGUUAAUUGGACUGGUAAGGGCGGUGACGUCUCUGCUUCCACAUACCAAGCUUAA